AUGACGCGACUGUACAUCAAGUACCGGAUGUUUGGGUUUGAUGAUAUCCUGCUUGGUUUCGCGACAGUCUUUCAUAUAGCUCAAGCUAUCGCAAUGUUUGUUAGCUUAAACAAUGGCCUCGGCAAGUUCAAUUCUAUUACGCCACCAGAACAAUGGGCAAUAUCUUCAAAAUCUGUUCUCGCGGCCGUUAUUCUCUGUUUUAUAACAUUGAGCCUCGCAAAAUGCUCCGUCCUCGCUCUUAUUCUUCGAAUCAUUGACUCCAAGACUGGGAAGAGCAAACCGUUCUGUAUUGGACUUAUGGUUCUUAGUUCGGCAUGGGGAAUAGGCUCAUCUUUAGCAUUCCUCAUCAACUGCCGCGCCGGCACAUUGUUGACUCUGGAUAAUGUUAAACAAUGUCCCAACCAGAAUGCACGCUGGGCUGUGAUUACUGCGAUUGACAUCGUAACCGAGAUUCUUACUUGGCUUCUUAUUGUAUGGGUCUCCUGGAGCGUCAACAUGUCCUUCUCCCGCAAGUGUCAGGUCGCCUUGGCUUUCUCAUUCCGCCUACCACUUAUCGCCUUUUCAGCCAUUCAUCUGGCGUAUUUCAGCAAGUACCCGACCUCGGCCGAGCCUCAAUUUGCUGUCACAAACAGCCUGCUCUUCCAACAGACUAUGAUUGUCUGGUCCCUUAUUACUGCCACGGUACCAAACAUGAAGAAUUUUCUCAAAUCCUUCUCCAUAGGCUUAGGCUUUCCCCUGGCCUACGAUUCCAGCGUGUACGGAUCAAGCAACGCGUAUCCACUUCGCUCACUUGAGAAUAGCCGUUCCAAGGCCACUUCAGCUGCAGGGGCAUCGACCUCUGUAUGGAUCCGUGAUCAGUCUGACAGCGAGGCCCGUGGUCGACCUCACAACUGGAGGCCGGAUCAGGUUCCGAAUCAAACUGCUGCCAUGGCGCACUUCGGCAGGGAUAGCCGUGAGAACCUGUCGGAUGAGGAAAGGUCAAGAACCGGCAGUCGAGAUAUGAUAAUCAUCAAGGAGGUGGCAUGGAAGGUUACGCACGAGGACCAUCAAUCGGCGGGCGCCAGCUCUUUGUAA